AUGUUUCUUGGAGAAGAUAUCUACUGCUUUCCUUCUGGCAAUUGCUACAGGAUCCUCACCAGGCAGCAGAAGUUUCAGGAUGCCAUCUCUUCAUGUGGAUCUAAAGGCAUACUGGCAUCCAUGAAGGAUAAACAAGAAGAAAAUGAAAUUUUGCAACUCACAAGCUCUUUUUAUGGCAAUCAGGAUACGUAUUUUUUCUGGAUUGGACUUUCCAAGCCAACGGGAGAAUGUGUAGUGGAGCACAAGACACUCAAAGGCUUUGUCUGGAUUUCAGGAGGAGAGAACUCGUCUUUGGAUUACUGGGAAAGCAAGCCUAAAAAGUCAUGUACUAGUAAACGUUGUGUUGCUUUAAAGGUCGGAAAUCACAGCCUGGUUUGGAAGGACUUUCCUUGUAAAAAAACCUAUUUUUCAGUCUGUCGUUCUAAGGUUUCCUGGAAGGUUUCCGCUGAAGAUCUAGAAAAACCCUUAAAAACCCUUCACCCGUUCUUUGACAAGGAUGCACCUGAUAUGUUUUCAGAGGCGACAACAAUUAUUAUACACUGCAGGGGCUGCGAAGGAAAUGUAUCUCUGACAUGUAAAGCUGAAAAGAUGCAAGUUUUAUGCACAAAACCCCAAUGCUUUUGUGCUGGGGUGGAGGGUGAUGGAAGAGGGACUGAGCAAGAAAACUGUAGAGAACAGAAUGGGAUCAGUUGCUUGGAACAAUGCUUGAACCCUGCCUAUGUGUCUGCUCCUUGCACCCUACCACCUCCAACACCUAACACUGUGGUAUAUAACUGGAGUAAAAGUCCAGAUAUACAGGUAACUGCAUGCCCUUGCUUGGAUGAAGACAUCUUGUGUCAGGACAAAUGUGCAUUUAAUAUCUCUUCUUCCCCAGCAAAUCUAACAGAUACAACUACUACAUUGCCUGCCCCAAAUAAUACCACAUAUCUAGUGGUUGAUGAUGAAACUUUGUUUGAAACAUUAAUUAUUCCUUUGAUACUUGGUCUGGUGGCCUUAGGAAUACUGGCGAUGCUUUUGUGGGGUGGGAUCCAAAUGUGUGUCAGAAAAACGAAACCACCAAGGAAAAAAUCAAUAGUCCCCAUGGAACCCAAGGGCAGUGAAACGGACUCCACAGACCAUUCAUCCAGCGAGGAAGAAGAAGAUCCACAGGACAAGGCAGAACUACCAUGA